CCAUGGCUCUCCUACGCCGGCAGCUCCCUCCUCCCCUUCUUCUUCCCUUACUUCACAGUCACUCUUCAACCCACCAUUCUCUAAAACCCUACCACUUUGGGCUCCCUAAAACCCUAAGACUCUUCUCUCUCUACUCAGCUCCUCCAACUCCCACUUCCAAUUCCUCAGCCUCCAUCUUCCUUCCUUUUCUCCAAGACGAAGAAGAAGAAGCAGAAGAAGAGGUUGUAGAAUUAGUUGCAGAGGAAGAAGGAGAAGGAGAAGAAGAGGACCCAGUUGACCCAAUUGUCAGAUUCUUCAAGUCCCGGACUUCAACCCAAGACCCACAGCGAGAAGGCAAGCUCUCUCUGCAGAAGAACCGCCGCACUUCUUGGCACUUAGCCGACGAUUUACACCACUCUGAAGCCGAUUCCGGCGCCGACCCAGUGGUGGAAGUACAAAAACAACAACUGGGUCUAAUGAGUUCUGAUUCAAAGCCAUUGCCAGAUGGAACUGUGGGUAAGAUUGUGCAGAAAGCUAGAAACUUGCGGCAGAAUUCGACACUGGGAGAGGAAAUGGGCGGUUUUGAAGGGAGAGUUGGGGAGAAGGAGUGUGUGGAGGUUUUGGAGUUGAUGGGUGAGGAGGGCUUGUUAUUGGGUUGCUUGUAUUUUUUUGAGUGGAUGGGUUUGCAGGAGCCUUGUUUGGUUACUCCUAGAGCUUGUUCUGUUUUGUUUCCGAUUUUGGGGAGAGCUGGAAUGGGAGACAAGUUGGCGGUUUUGUUUAGGAACUUACCAGCUAAGAAGGAGUUCGGGGAUGUUCAUGUUUAUAAUGCUGCUAUUUCUGGCCUCAUGUGCUCCAAAAGGUAUGAUGAUGCUUGGAAGGUGUAUGAGACGAUGGAAGCAAACAAUAUCCUUCCGGACCAUGUGACGUGUUCAAUAAUGAUUACCAUCAUGCGGAAGAUUGGUCGCAGUGCAAAAGAUGCUUGGGAUUUUUUUGAGAGAAUGAACAGGAAGGGUGUUAAAUGGAGUCAGGAAGUUUUGGGUGCUCUUAUAAAAUCAUUCUGUGAUGAGGGGCUGAAAAGUGAAGCCCUCAUCAUUCAGAUUGAAAUGGAGAAGAAAGGGAUCUCAUCGAAUGCCAUUGUGUAUAAUACUUUAAUGAAUGCAUUUUGUGGUUCCAACCGAGUUGAAGAAGCCGAAGGUCUGUUUGCUGAGAUGAAAUCAAAGGGGAUUAAACCCACAGCUCCCACCUUUAAUAUUCUGAUGGAUGCAUACAGUAGAAGAAUGCAGCCUGAGAUUGUUGAGAAACUUUUGGUGGAAAUGCAGGAGAUGAGACUGGAGCCAAAUGUCAGAUCAUAUACAUGUCUUAUUAGUGCGUAUGGGAGGCAGAAGAAUAUGAGUGACAUGGCUGCAGAUGCAUUUCUGAGGAUGAAGAAAGUUGGCAUUCGUCCCACUUCACAUUCAUAUACAGCUCUUAUCCAUGCAUAUUCAGUCAGUGGCUGGCAUGAAAAAGCCUACAUCGCAUUUGAGAAUAUGCAAAGGGAAGGAUUAAAACCCUCCAUAGAAACAUAUACUGCUUUACUGGAUGCAUUUAGGCGUGCUGGUGACACUGAGAUGUUGAUGAGAAUUUGGAAAUUGAUGAUGAAAGAGAAAGUUCAAGGGACUAAGGUGACAUUCAACACACUUCUUGAUGGAUUUUCCAAGCAAGGUCGCUAUCUGGAAGCAAGGGAUGUCGUUUCUGAAUUUGGGAAUAUGGGUUUGCAGCCAACAGUGAUGACAUAUAAUAUGCUGAUGAAUGCAUAUGCACGUGGAGGGCAGCACUCAAAGUUGCCACAGCUGUUGAAAGAAAUGGAAGUUCUCAAUUUGAAACCUGAUCCUGUAACUUACUCAACCAUGAUUUAUGCCUACAUCCGCGUGCGUGAUUUCUCAAGAGCAUUUUUCUAUCACAAGAAGAUGGUAAAAAGUGGUCAAGUGCCAGAUGCCAGGUCUUAUGAGAAGCUUAGGGCAAUUUUGGAUGUUAAACUUGCAAGAAAGAACAAGAAGGACAAGAGUGCUAUACUGGGUAUAAUUAAUAGCAAGAUGGGUAUGUUGAAAAUUAAGAAGAAGGAAAAGAAAGAUGAGUUCUGGAAGAACAAGAAGAAACGUUAUGUGAGAGCUGAUAAUGCUGUUAACAAUACCAACACCGAUGGUUAAUUUUGGCUUGAAUCCUAACUCUGGUUCGCCAUUUUCUGCCCCUCAAAACUUUAGAAAGUUUAUGAGGUAGUUCCGUAGUUGUAACAUUUCAGGACAGUCAUAGUAGUGAUCUUGGAAAAAACUGGAAAAAAGAAAAGCUUGAUUCUACUAUGGUGAAAUUGUGAAAUUCUGUAGUCGAUACAAAUUAAGUAUGAUUCUUUGCCAUAACAAGAAUAAUGGCUACAGCUGAUGUAGGCCAGUCUCCAAUGAAGCAACUAGCAGGUGAUUUUGAUCCCAUCACCACUUCUUUGCUUGGGCUGGCUGAUAAAUCUCGCAGAACCCUGAAGAGGAUAAAACGAGCAACAUUAUUGGUGUGGCUGGUAAUCUGCAACACCAACCAGCACCAUCAUUUCAAAACUAGGAAAUGCAGACUUCUUGGGACUUCAUCUAUGUCGGCAUGAAGAAGGAGCCUUCUGCUUAUCAUAUGACGAUUGCAAGCACAGGACACGUACACUCCAAUCUCCAUCAUCGUCGACUUCAUUUACUGAAUUCUAUACUCAAGAGCUUGUUGAACCUGUUCUAGUUUUCAGUUCAAUUUUGAAUCCUUUCUAAAUUGAAUAACGUAAAUCAUGGUAAAGCAAAGUAAGUACAUUCCUUAAUCCCUUACCUUGCUUACUUACUACUUUUACAGUGAGACUAUAUGAAGGCAUUGGUUCUCAA